CGGGCGGGGCGGCUUCCGGCGGGUCCGGACGUUGAAUAAUAUAAUACAUUUAAGAGAAAAAUGGAUGAAGAACCUGAAAGAACUAAGCGAUGGGAAGGAGGCUAUGAAAGAACUUGGGAGAUUCUUAAAGAAGAUGAAUCAGGAUCACUUAAAGCUACAAUAGAAGACAUUCUUUUCAAAGCAAAGAGAAAAAGAGUGUUUGAGCACCAUGGACAAGUUCGUCUUGGAAUGAUGCGCCAUCUUUACGUGGUAGUAGAUGGAUCGAGAACAAUGGAAGACCAGGAUUUAAAGCCAAAUAGACUGACAUGUACUUUAAAGCUGUUGGAAUACUUCGUAGAGGAAUAUUUUGAUCAAAAUCCUAUUAGUCAGAUUGGAAUAAUUGUAACAAAGAGUAAAAGAGCUGAAAAACUGACGGAACUCGCAGGAAACCCGAGGAAACACAUAACAUCUUUGAAGAAAGCUGUGGAUAUGACGUGCCAUGGAGAACCGUCUCUGUAUAACUCCUUGAGCAUGGCUCUGCAGACUCUAAAACACAUGCCCGGCCACACGAGUAGAGAAGUCCUGAUCAUCUUUAGCAGCCUCACGACUUGUGACCCAUCUAAUAUCUAUGACCUCAUCAAGACCCUAAAGGCAGCUAAAAUUAGAGUGUCUGUUAUUGGAUUGUCUGCAGAGGUUCGGGUUUGCACUGUACUUGCUCGAGAAACUGGUGGCACAUACCACGUUAUUUUAGAUGAAAGCCAUUACAAAGAAUUGCUAACGCAUCAUGUUAGUCCCCCUCCGGCUAGCUCAAAUUCUGAAUGCUCUCUUAUUCGUAUGGGAUUUCCACAGCAUACAAUUGCUUCUCUGUCUGAUCAAGAUGCAAAACCUUCUUUCAGCAUGGCGCACCUGGAUAGCAGCACCGAGCCAGGGCUCACAUUAGGAGGCUAUUUCUGCCCCCAGUGUCGGGCGAAGUACUGUGAGCUUCCCGUGGAGUGUAAAAUCUGUGGUCUCACUUUGGUGUCUGCUCCCCAUUUGGCACGAUCUUACCAUCAUUUAUUUCCUUUGGAUGCUUUUCAAGAAGUUCCCCUAGAAGAACAUAAUGGAGAAAGAUUUUGUUAUGGAUGUCAGGGGGAAUUGAGAGACCAACAUGUCUAUGUCUGCACCACGUGCCGACACGUCUUCUGCGUGGACUGCGACGUGUUCGUCCACGACUCUUUGCAUUGCUGUCCUGGCUGCAUACACACGAUGCCAGCUCCCACAGGUGUUUGACUCCAGCAGGUGGCACACCUGUACGUGCUAAAGAGAAACUUGCAGUUGUAAAUAAAAUGUCUUGAGAAGAAGCUCCAAUUAAAACACAAAGAACAGUCCAAAAGGAAAAUCUGACUUAAGAAACUUUUUGCUAAGAAAAUGUAGUAUUUUAUUUAAUUUAAAAGUUUGUGUUUUGUCACAGAAAUGGCUGGAAUUCAGUAGUAUUUCAUUCAGUUUUGUUUUCUAUUAUUUUGAGUUAUGUUUUCAAAGUUGUUAUAUGUUAUUGUAUUUAAGUUACUUAUAAUAAUUAAAUUGAUGUGAUAAUUGUUUUAUAGUUAAAUACAGAAUCU